AUGGCCCGACCAGAAGAUGGCGACGAGCACAACGAUCUCAACCGUGCUUUGACACAGGACCGCGUUGAAGAAGCCGAACUGGCGGAGAAAGAUGAGCCCAGGCAAUAUCUAGAAGUGCCCAAGGAGAAUGGAGGGUUGGACAGAAGCAGCAGCGAGGAAAGCACACGGCUGCGCAAGAUCGAGUCUACCGCAACCUCGGCCACUGAAGCGAGCACCGCUGUUCAUCCCCAACCAUAUGCGCAAGAGAAGGCACCAUGGUAUCGCAGGUUGAACCCUCUGCGGCGUGGUCCUCCUCCGCCAAUACCAGAGGAGCGGGGAGUGAGCCGGGAAUAUACUGCCGGGUUUCUCAGCCUGUUGACUUUUCAAUGGAUGAACCCGUUGAUGACCACUGGCUACAAGCGGCCGAUUGAGCUGAAUGAUAUAUGGCUCGUGAACCCCGAUCGAAGUUCAGCCACCAUGAUGGACAAGCUGAUGCCUUCUUUCAAGCGUCGAGUGGCUCGAGGAGAACGCAAUCCUCUGGUGUGGGCACUGUUUGACACUUUUCGAGGGGAGUUCUUGCUUGGAGGGACUUGUGCUUUGUUUUCUGCCAUGCUUCAAGUCUUUUCGCCGUUUACGACCAGAUAUCUUAUUCAAUUCGCUACUGACGCAUGGAUUGCGGACAAGACUGGCAGCAAAGCCCCUAAUAUUGGCCAUGGCGUUGGUCUUGUCAUUGGCAUCACGUUCAUGCAGAUCUGUCAGUCCGUGUCUACCAACCAUUUUCUGUACCGUGGCAUGGUUGUUGGAGGAGAGGCCAGGGCAGUGUUAAUCAACGCCAUAUUUGAAAAGUCACUUGUGAUUUCGGGAAGAGCCAAAGCUGGUGGCAAGGCGCUCGACGACGAGCAGACCUCAAACGGAAUUUCAGAGGCUGAUGAUGGGAGGCAAAGCGAAAAGUCCAAGAAAAGACCAUUUCUUGCACGCUCCAUAUCAAGAAAACUGCACCCCAAAGGUGGGCCCAAUGUCACACCGGACAAGGCCGUCGGUGUCGCGGGGGAUGGCACCGGGUGGAAUAACGGCAAAAUCGUCAACUUGAUGAGCGUCGACACUUACCGGGUGGACCAAGCCUCGGGUAUGUUCCACAUUAUAUGGACAUCACCCUUGCAAGUCAUUGUUGUUUUGGUUGUGCUUAUCGUCAACCUGGGCUACAGUGCCUUGGCGGGAUAUGCACUGCUCAUGAUAAUGCUACCCCUUCUAACUAAGGCUAUCAAGUCGCUCUUCGCGAGGAGGAAACGGAUCAACAAGAUCACUGACCAACGUGUGACCCUGACCCAGGAAAUCUUGGGCUCUGUGAGAUUCGUCAAAUUCUUCGGAUGGGAGACUAGUUUCCUGGACCGCCUGAAAGAACUUCGCAAGCGAGAAAUCCGAUCUGUGCAAAUCCUCUUGUCUAUCCGAAAUGCGAUCAAUGCCGUGGCCAUGUCGAUGCCAGUGUUCGCAUCCAUGCUAGCUUUCAUCACCUAUUCACUAUCCGAUCACGGUUUGUCUCCUGCUCGAGUCUUUUCCUCGCUUGCACUGUUCAACUCUCUACGGAUGCCGCUUAAUUUGCUGCCAUUGGUACUGGGCCAAGUGACGGACGCACAAACUGCGCUUCAUCGUAUCCAGGAGUUCCUGCUGAGCGAAGAACAGAAGGACGAAGUGAUCUGGGAUGAAAACAUGGAGGAUGCAGUCGAAGUCCAACAUGCGUCCUUCACCUGGGAACGUUCUGCCACACAAGAUAAGGAGAAGACUGGCGCGUUUCAAACCAAGGGUGAGCUUAUGGCUGCAAAGAAAGCCGAGAAACAGAAGAAGAAGGCGCAGAAGAAAGCCGACAAGACGGCCAAAAAGAACAAACAGGCCCCAAGAGAGUCGACAGAGGAUGGCUCAAGCGAAACCACCCAGGCCGAACCCUUCAAACUCCACGAUAUAGAUUUUACGGUGGGCAGGAAUGAACUGAUAGCCGUCAUCGGAACCGUGGGGUCGGGCAAAACAUCGUUACUGGCCGCCUUGGCCGGCGACAUGCGAAAAACGAGCGGCAAGGUUAAGAUGGCAUCCACUCGUGCCUUCUGCCCUCAGUACGCUUGGAUCCAGAACGCGACACUGAAGGACAACAUCCUGUUUGGCAAACGCUACAAAUCCAAGUGGUAUCGGGAUGUUAUCGAUGCCUGCGCUCUAGCGCCCGACCUUGAGAUCCUUCCAGCUGGUGACCAAACCGAAAUCGGCGAACGAGGCAUUACCCUAUCGGGUGGCCAGAAGCAACGGUUGAACAUCGCUCGUGCGAUCUACUUCGAUGCCGACAUUAUCCUGAUGGAUGAUCCACUCUCGGCGGUCGAUGCCCACGUUGGCCGUCAUAUUAUGGACAAAGCAAUCUGUGGUCUGAUGAAGAAUAAGUGCCGGAUUCUCGCCACCCAUCAGCUUCAUGUCCUCUCAAGGUGCGAUCGCAUCAUCUGGAUGGAAGAUGGUCAUAUCCAAGCAAUUGAUACGUACGACAACCUGAUGCAGCAAAGUGUGGAUUUCCAGAAGCUCAUGGCCACGACUGCUCAAGAAGAUAGUUCGGCACUGGUCAAGGCAGAAGAGGCCGAGGAAACCGAGGAGAAGCCUGAGAAGAAGAUCAAGAAAGGGAAACCCGCGGCGCUGAUGCAACAAGAGGAACGCGCUGUUAAAUCCGUCAGUUGGACAGUCUGGAAGGCCUACUUUGCUGCAUCAGGGUCUCCCAUACUCUGGCCUCUGAUCUUCGUUGCGCUCAUUCUGUCACAAGGCUCCAACAUCGCUACGAGCUUGUGGCUGAGUUGGUGGGUUAGCGACAAGUUCGGGUUCUCCGAAGGCGCAUACAUUGGAGCAUAUGCAGGUCUAGGCCUUUCUCAGGCCCUGCUCUUGUUCACCUUUUCUACCAUCCUGUCGACGAGCGGCACCAAUGCCAGUAGGGUCAUGCUGCAAAGGGCCAUGACCCGGGUCCUACGGGCGCCGAUGUCUUUCUUCGACACCACCCCGCUGGGUCGAAUCACGAACCGAUUCUCCAAGGACGUGGAUUCGAUGGACAACAGUUUGACCGAUGCCAUGAGGAUGUAUUUCCUGACUCUGGCCAUGAUCACUUCGGUCUUUGCCCUGAUCAUUGCCUAUUUCCACUACUUCGCCGUGGCUCUUGGUCCGCUGUUUAUCCUGUUCCUGUUUGCUUCAAGCUACUACCGAUCGUCGGCCCGCGAGAUCAAAAGACACGAAGCCGUGCUCCGAUCCAACGUCUUUGCACGGUUUUCCGAAUCGAUCAGUGGGGUGGCAUCGAUUCGUGCGUAUGGCCUCCAGAAAUAUUUUGUGUCCCGAGUGCGAAACGCGAUGGAUGAGAUGGACUCGGCGUAUUUCUUGACCUUCGCCAAUCAACGAUGGCUUUCGACGCGUCUCGACGCCAUUGGCAACAUUCUCGUUUUUGUGACAGGUAUCUUGGUGGUGACGGAUCGGUUCAACGUCAACCCUAGCAUAGCUGGUCUGGUGCUGUCAUAUAUUCUGGCCAUUGUCCAGAUGAUCCAGUUCACGGUGCGACAGCUGGCCGAGGUGGAAAACAACAUGAACGCCACAGAAAGAAUACAUUACUACGGUACCCAAUUGGAACAAGAAGCGCCACUGAAGCUUCGAGAUGUGCCUGACUCGUGGCCCGACAAGGGCGCCAUCACGUUCGACAAAGUGGAGAUGCGCUAUCGGCCAGAACUCCCGCUUGUGCUGAAGGGCUUGGAUUUCCAGAUUGCUGGCGGAGAAAAAAUCGGCAUUGUUGGGCGCACAGGAGCCGGCAAGUCGUCCAUCAUGUCUGCGCUCUUCCGGUUGACGGAGUUGUCGAGCGGCCAGAUCAAGAUUGACGGAAUCGACAUUGCGACGGUCGGACUUUAUGACUUGCGGUCGCGACUGGCCAUUAUUCCCCAGGACCCUACCUUGUUCCGGGGGACGAUUCGAUCGAAUCUUGAUCCCUUCAACGAGCAUUCGGACCUGGAGCUGUGGGCAGCUCUGCGGAAAGCCGAUCUCGUUGGCGAAGAAAUGCCUUCUACACCUACGGAGAAAGAAACUCGACCGCAGACCACCGAAACCGCCGCGACCUCGUCAUCCAAUGUUAACGCCCCGGCCAGCCAAAGUCGGAUCCAGUUGGAUAGCCCAGUCGAGGAAGAAGGCUUGAACUUCUCCCUCGGCCAGAGACAGCUGAUGGCAUUGGCGCGUGCACUGGUUCGAAAUUCGCAGAUCAUUGUCUGCGACGAGGCCACGUCGUCGGUCGACUUCGAGACGGAUGAGAAGAUCCAACGGACGAUGCGGACGGCAUUUUCGGGCAAGACGUUACUAUGUAUCGCUCACCGUCUGAAGACCAUUAUCAACUAUGAUCGGAUCUGCGUGAUGGACCAAGGGCGCAUUGCGGAACUCGACACCCCCAUUAAUCUCUUUGAGGCGAAUGGCAUUUUCCGGAGCAUGUGCGACAAAAGUCAAAUUGUGCGGGAGGACUUUUUCAGAGAAAGAUAG